UACAAAAAAAAAAACUUUAGUUUCUCCCGACCAAACCCGCACUCCUCGUCGUCCUCCUCCGACAGAAUCCCCAGCUGCGCUGCUCCCCGCCGCCGUCGCUUCCCCGCUCCCCCGCCGCAGCUGCGCUGCUCCCCGCCGCCGCGGCUCCCCUGCUCCCCCACUCCCUCGCCGCAGCUGCCUCCUGCUCCGGCGCCGCAGCUGCCGCUCGCCUGCCUCCCCAAGCUCCCCCCUUCCUCAUAAAAAUCUUCGAUUUCCCCAGCUUAAGCUCGCGACGACCCACGCGCCACCACAGGAGGAGGGAACCGAGGUCGGCGCCCCCUGCCAAUCUCCACAGCCUCCAGCGACCAACCCUAUCUCCUGCCCCCUGCAACUGGUCCUGCCAGUACGCCGCGUCCUCCGCCGGUGAAUGCCCUCCGCGAGGACUGCGCCUAGCCCCUCUUCUCCGGCGCUCCUCGGCCGUCCCCGACCCUCUGCUUGGUCGCCAGGGACGUGCUGCUCCGCGCCUGCUCCAGAAAUCCAGAAAUCCAAGAAUCUAGCUCGUAGGCACUCGCAGAUGAUUAUCGACGAGAAUCAGAAGGUCCAUUCGGAGCUGGAUUGCAAGAUGCAGGAUCUUGAGCUCAAAUCCAAGAAGCUUGAUGAGCUUGCUGUGCGUAGCGAAUCUGACAGAAGGAAUCUAGAGAAGGAGAAGGAAAAGAACAUGAUCAAAGCAAAAUAUCUCAAGAUGGCAACAUUGGAGCAACAGAAGACUGACGAAAAUGUCCUGAAGCUUGUGGAAAAACACAAGCACAAGCAUGGCCAUCCACCAACAUGCAAAACAAGUUCAAGACCAAAAAUAUGUGUUUCUUGCUGUUUACUCAACUGAACCAGAUUUGGGUUUUCAAGUUCCAAGUUAACAGGAGCAGAGCAGUUCUUCCUGACGAACAAGAGCAGAGCAGCAACUCCCGUACACUGAUCAUAUUCAGCACAGGGAGCAGAGGAGCAACUCCUUACGGUACCUUCUUCCUCUUGACGAGCAGGAGCUCUGGCGGCAGCACGGGCAGACGAGCAGCAGCAGCACCGGCGGUAGGGGAGAAGCAGCCGCACGGGCGCGCGGGCAGGGGAGAAGCAG